GUGAUUUUUAUUACGUGUGUCUUUUAAAUGGCUCAGUUGAAUUAGUUCACCUAAACUUAUGAUAAGACAUGAACUAAAAAAAUACGUUUUUAACAAUGGCAGUACACUCACUUCAGUCACUGUCAAACUGAGAUUGUCGAAUUCUGAUCCCCGUGUUUAUAUUGUUUGAAUGUAAAUAAACAGGUUAACAGUUUUCGCGUAAGAAUAAAUCUAGCAAAAAUCCUACCAUGACAUUAGAUUUUGCAAAAGAGAAAGUUUUUUGGACCAGAAAAAUGAAUUUAAAAUUAGUGAAAUUUAUGGAACGUAAACCUAAUAUUUGGAAUCCAAAGCAUCCAAAAUACACAUCUGUCGAGCAUAGAGAUCAAACUUAUGCAGAAUUUGCGUCUAAAUAUGGCAACGAAUUCACGGGACAGGCAGUAAAAGACCGAUGGACGAAUAUAAGGUCGACAUUUGCCAAUCACUUAAGAAAACUAAAAGCAAGUCAGGCUAAAGGAGAUGGAAAGGUUUGUAAAAUUACCUGGCACUUGUGGGAUGCAUGUAGGUUUCUACUUACGGUAAAUAAAAACAGUCUUACUAAUGGGGAUACCUCAAGGACAACAAAUAAUGAUUCACCAAAAGAAGAUGAUAGCAUGCCAAAGUGA